UUUACAGUCUGCAGGAGCUGACUGUCACUGUUCACUAUAGAGAGCACAGUCAGCACUCCGGCGAUUUGCUACCUGUUUCAGAAAGACGCACGAGUGCGCUUUACCUCUCCAGGCACAUCCAAAUGGACCCGGCGGACUUGACGUGAUUAUAUGUAAAAGGCACCUAAAGAAAUUAGCAAUGUCUUACAGUUGCAUUAUGCGCUGCCGCAGGUUAUUACUUCUGUGUUUGUUGAGGAGGUAACAGAGGAGGUAUUGCAUGCCAACAUGGAUUGCCUUUUUCUUUUGCUAUGGACUUUGCCUAUCCCACUUGUCAGCUGCACAUCAGUGAAGAUUUUAUCCACUCUGUGGUUCUGGAACACAUUGAAGACGCUGCAUAUCUACUGCUCACAUUCCAUUUACUCUGUUUCGUCCACUUUUGCCAGUGACACCAGUGGACUGAAUCACGAUUACGUGUUUGUGACGCCAAUUGAGGUGGAUGCUCAGGGUGGGUAUGUGUCCCACGAUAUGCUGCGGCGAGGCCGGAAUAAGAGGUCCCUGCCAUCCAUGAGGGGCCCUGUACACUACAGACUAUCUGCCUUCGGGUGGGACAUGCACCUGGACUUACAGCCUUCCAUGGUAGUGGCAGAGGGCUUCACAGUACAGGUACUGGGGACAGAGGGCAUCACCACAUUGGCACAGGAGCCAGCCCAUCAGGGCUGCUUGUAUCAGGGAUUUAUACACAACUUCACAGCUUCCUCUGCAGCCAUAUCUACAUGUUCUGGCUUGUCAGGUCUGAUCCGGAUGUCUGAUGAGGAGUACUUCAUCGCCCCCUUGCCACAGCACCUAGCUGCAGAGCACAACUACAGCUCCCCGAGUGGACACCACCCACACGUGGUCUACAAACGCUCGGCUGAACACAAAGUCCAUGGUGGCCAGGGAUCUAUCCACAGCUCGCAACCUGACAACCCAUAUCUGCAGCACCAUCAUCAGCAUCACCACGGCGACCAGCACGGGAAGCUGCAGAGACAACACUUCUGUGGACGCCGCAAGCAAUACACUCCCAAGCCCCCUGAUGAGGAUCGUCUCGUCAUGCCUGAUGAGUUUGAGCUCCCAGGCAGGGCGAAGCGAUCACCCAUCACAUCUAACAAGGUGGGGGGCCUGAAUGUGGAAACGCUGGUGGUGGCAGACAGGAAGAUGCUGGAGAAACACGGCAGAGAGAACGUCACCACCUACGUCCUCACUGUUAUGAACAUGGUUUCCAGCCUUUUCAAAGACGGCACCAUCGGAACUGAUAUCAACAUUGUGGUGGUCAGCCUGCUUCUUCUAGAGCAAGAUCCACUCGGCCUGUCCAUCAACCACCACGCUGACCAGUCUCUCAACAGUUUCUGCCAGUGGCAGUCGGGCCUGAUCGGGAAGCGCCACGACCAUGCUGUGCUCCUCACCGGCCUGGACAUCUGCUCUUGGAAGAAUGAGCCAUGUGACACCCUGGGUUUUGCUCCUAUAAGUGGAAUGUGCAGUAAAUCCCGGAGCUGUACGAUUAAUGAAGACACAGGACUGGGCUUAGCUUUCACCAUCGCUCAUGAAUCAGGCCACAAUUUUGGGAUGAUCCAUGAUGGAGAGGGGAAUCCUUGUCGGAAAGCAGAAGGAAACAUCAUGUCUCCAACCCUGGCAGGAAAUAACGGGGUCUUCUCCUGGUCUGCCUGCAGUCGCCAAUACCUCAGCCGCUUCCUUGGAACAGCUCAAGCGUCGUGUCUGGUGGAUGAGCCCAGGCAGAUUGGGCAGUAUAAAUACCCAGAGAAGCUCCCAGGCCAGCUUUAUGAUGCUGACACACAGUGCAAGUGGCAGUUUGGCUCCAAGGCUAAACUGUGCAACCUGGACUUUGUCAAGGACAUCUGUAAGUCACUGUGGUGCCACAGGACAGGUCACCGGUGUGAGACCAAGUUCAUGCCCGCCGCCGAGGGCACCAGCUGUGGGACUGACCUGUGGUGUCGGCGAGGCCAGUGUGUGAAGUAUGGUGACCACGGUCCGAGAGCUGUCAACGGUCAGUGGUCAGGAUGGUUUGAGUGGUCGGACUGUUCCAGGACCUGUGGGGGAGGGGUUAUGUACAGGGAGCGAUCCUGCACCAGCCCCAGGCCACAACACAACGGGAAGUUUUGCCAGGGCUCCGCUCGUCUCAACCAGCUGUGUAACACAAAGCCGUGCCAGCCAAGCGGAGUGGACUUCCGUGCCCAGCAGUGUGCUGAGUACAACAGCAAACCCUUCAGGGGCUGGUACUACAAAUGGAAGCCCUACACCAAGGUGGAAGCUGAGGAUAUCUGCAAGCUGUACUGCAUCGCUGAGGACUUUGCCUUCUUCUUUGCCAUGGCCAGCAAAGUCAAGGACGGGACAUCCUGCUCAGACCACAGAGGUGACGUGUGCAUCGAAGGAGCCUGUGAGCCGGUGGGUUGUGACCAGGUCCUGGGCUCUAAGGCAACUCUGGAUGCCUGUGGAGUUUGUAGAGGGGACAACUCCACCUGCAAGUUCUUCAAAGGCCAGUACGUCCUCCAGCACAGAGCUAACGAAUACUACGCCAUGGUGACCAUCCCACCUGGAGCGCGGAGCAUCCAUGUUCAGGAGAUGGAGAUCUCCACCAGCUACCUGGCUGUGCGCACCCUGAAGAGGAAGUACUAUCUGACAGGGGACUGGACUGUGGACUGGCCUGGAAAGUUCCAGUUCGGUGGGACGGUGUUUGACUAUCAGCGCUCUUUCAACCGCCCAGAGAGCCUGUACGCGGCCGGACCCACUAAUGAGACCCUGGUCUUUGAAAUCCUGCUGCAGGGUAAGAACCCGGGUGUGGUGUGGGAGUACACCUUGCCUCGCAGUGAGAGGAAACCCAACUACACAUGGGGAGUGGUUCGCUCCGACUGCUCUGCUCCGUGUGCUGGAGGUCAGAUCUCAACAAAGGCCAUCUGUUUUCAAGAUCAGCGGACCCAAGUCAACUCGACACAGUGCAACCCUCAGACCAGACCAGUGCUCAGCUCUCACCUGUGCAACACGCAGCCCUGCCCAGCCUACUGGACGACAGGGAACUGGGGGCCCUGCAGUCAGUCCUGUGGGGGCGGCCAACAGACACGUCACAUCCAGUGCUUGCGUAAGGUGACAUACCAGCGAGAGGAGGUGGUGGCUCACUCCCUGUGCCCCGUCAUCGCCCCGGCCCAGAUGCUGCCUUGCCACGCCAACGCUUGCCCACCUGAGUGGAGCUCUGGGGUCUGGUCACAGUGUUCCAAGUCGUGUGGGCGUGGGAUGAGGAAGCGCGGCGUGUUCUGCAGGAGCACUGACCCCGGAGCAAAGGCCGUGGUGGUGCCGGACAGUAUGUGUAAGCCACACCUCAAACCCAAGGCCCAAGAGACCUGCGUUCUGCGCCGCUGCCCCAAGAAUGACCGGCUGCAGUGGUUCACAACACCCUGGGGCGAGUGCUCCACAUCCUGUGGCCCAGGUGUCAGAAGGAGAGAGCUACGUUGUGGGGAGAGGGAUUCACAGGGGGACUACACAGACUUCCCUAUGAGAAGGUGCAGGAACCUUCCCAAACCUUCUGGGGAUCUCCAGCAGACCUGCAGCAGGGGGCCGUGCCCAGAGCCUCGACUUGUCGCCCCGGGAAGGACAGCCAGUGCAGUGGUCCUGGGCUGGUACUCUUCUCCUUGGCAGCAGUGUUCUGUAUCCUGUGGGGGAGGGGUACAGUCCCGUUCUAUCCAGUGUCUGAGACAGGGACGUCCUGCAGCUGGAUGCCUGAACCACCAGAGACCCAUAACAUCCCGGGCCUGCAACACACACUUCUGUCCUGCUCCUCUUGCCCACAUUCCUGCUCCUGCGCCAACGUUCAAAGGCGAGCAGUCUUGUGUCGACUUCUUCAGCUGGUGUCACCUGGUUCCUCAGCACAGUGUGUGCAAUCACAAGUUCUACGGACAGCAGUGCUGCAAGUCCUGCAAUGGCAAAAAAGCUAUAAGAUUGGAGGACACCUUAUUCCCAUGAGCCUCUAGCUGCAAAUUGGAGGGAAAUGGCAUAAUAUGCGCUACAACUCUAAAGGACACUUGUGGUUCAAAAAUACAUUUUGGGCCAUAAUGCAUAAGAGAACUGAGGCGCAGUCUUUGUUCCUGGAGUACUUGACUAACAGUGAUUAGCGAAAUAAAAGAGAAUCACCUCCCAUGUUUGUGGACACGUUGUGCUAACGAUGGCAAUGCGGGCAGAGACAUUCAUGCUAAAGCAGCGUCUUCUCAUAACUGGAAAUACAGUGCAACGAAUGAUUGCAGGACACUCUCUGUGUAAAUGCAUGUGUUGUACGCCCAGACGUUGUCAACAUCAAACGAGCUCUAUAAGAACAUCUGCAUUUUUAGCUCACUGAUGUUUUUUUUUUUAUAAAUAUUUAAAGGCAUCUGGUUUCCGAUGACAUUUUAAGUUAUUAUGGCCCACAUGUUACUUAGCAUUUGUCAGGUGCACCAUGGGCUUUGUGUGCUGCAGGUGCACCAUGAUUCCAGCUCUUUUACAUGUAGAGGUAUGCCUACCGCGAAAACUCCGCAGAUUCAAUCGUUCGCCUGUACAUUGUACAGGUAAAACUUUCAAACUUGAUCACAACUCUUACAUGCACUUGUCAGGCCUGGUCCCUCUUAUCUGUCAUGGUUCAUAAUUGGUGCUUUACUGUGUAACGAGAUGCAGCAUUUACAGUACAUGUGUACAUUCCAGACAUCUUCAUGUCGUGAAUACAUGCCUCUUUGUGUAUGAGAAAGUAACGUUUGCUUACCCAUAUUGUAAUGUAUCCUCCAAGUGUCUUGUGAAAAUAUUGGUGCAAAGCUGACAGCUGCCGGGAUACCGUAGGUUCUUUCCCCCAUCCAUCAUAAUGAUAAGUAAACAUCCUCUGUAUAUUGGGCCAGCAGCACUGAACCUAGGUCCCUUCACACCGGGUAGAUAUGAUGCCAAAUCAUUAACUAGCGCUGGGUAGAGCCACAGAGGAUCCCCCAGACUUACACCACUCAUUAAUGAAAAUCAAUGUCUGCAGGCUAGUAAAGGGAGCUGUGGAUGGGGCCGGGUCAGAGAAGAUGCUUUAUUUCCUCUGCCUGGCCAGGUGGGAGAUGUGGAGAGAAGUGGUGGGCGAGAGUUGGCGGAAUAGUUGGGUGGGAGGGGGGUAGCCAGGGUUGAGGUUGUCGACUUUCUCUCGACAUACUUUUUCAGAAUGCUAAUUAGUCACAGAGCCUGGCGUGGUGGGAGCAGACAGGCUUUAGGGGGGAGCAGAGCAGACCAACAAAGGCCUCUGAAAAGGACUGCUGCAUACCUCCCUCUGUUUACUCUGCCCCUGCUCUCACCAUCCAGACCAGCUCUGUUUGGUUUGUUUGAGAAAAUGUCAGCAUCCCUCCACUCCCCCGCUCCCUCUCUCGUGACCCCCACCUUCAUUUUUUUAGCAUCAGUUAGUGCUAUGAAAUACUGUAGAUCGCAGCUACGUUAUGGUAAAUCCCAUUUGCACUCGUGGCCCUGUGGAAGGCAAUGGGAUAGCCAAUUGUACAGACGGCAAAGGCGACUUACUUCCAGCCAGCAGGGAGAGAAACAGGAAGAGCGUGGCUGGAGUAUAGGAUGUUGUUUGCUGUCGAUCAUAAAGAUCCUACGUCUCCACAUGCUCCCCAGAGAGGGAUGGCCCCAUACAGAGGGAGAGAGGUCUGGUCUGGUCAGGGGCACUCAUGACCAGGGAGUUGUUUUUCCUCCUCAGCCUGCUCUCCAUCAGUGGCUUGGGUUGUAGAGGGAAGGAAAGAGCAAGACUGAUAUGAUUGUGAAGUACAUUCCUGAGCGGUGGCAGUGCUGGCCAGGGCUCUCUCUGUCUCUGGUCCUGUCCUGCUCACAGCUAACACUGUCAUUAUCACGGGAAGUUACCGUUCCUUCCAAUACCACAGCAUCCUCCUCUGUCUUCACCAGGCCUCAACAGCAUCCCUGCAACCUACACUCACAAAAGGGUCAAAGAUGGACUCUUGACUGUUCCCUCUGCUUUUCCUGCCAUACUUCCACGGUCACGUUUAUGAACUGGUUUCCACCAGGAAUGGCACUCUGUAUUAUAAAACCACUCAAUUAGCCUCCGUUCCCUGUGAAUUGUCUGUGUGAAUUAUCCCUGGUUUUAAUGGUGUUGAACGACUGCUCUCAAAAUAGAUGUUCACAUGUCAUGUUGGACUGUAGGAGGAUAUUUGAUUUUACGUGCGUUUUUCAUCAGCCCUGCAUAAUUCUACACGUGUUCUUGUUAUUUUCCAUGUCCUGUACAGUUGUUGUAUGCUCUAUUGUCUUUUCCCCUGCAAAAACAGGAAAAGUGUAAUUUAUUACCGUUUCAUUGGAUCUGAGAAACUGAACACAUUUGGUUGAGAGGGGAGCUGCUUGUAAUAUAGAGCAUGAUCAGCGUAAUAUUUCUUACUUUUUCUCAAUGUUUUAUAAUAAAACUAUGACAAGAUUUAUCCCCCCUACCUCUCCGAUGCUCCUGAUACUUUUGUGUCACACUCAGCGGGAGGGAUGAUUGGGUAUAAUCAACACGUUUCUCUCAAUCCAACCUGAAUCAUGACGGCAGGAAUCCCCCCAUCAUUUCCACUGCACGCUUACUACCCUACUGAGAGGCAGGCAGGACAGGGUGAAUUAUAAACACCUAGCGGAUCAGUGCAACCAUUUUGUAGAUUUUCAGGGGUAGCGAUGGAGGUUUUUCGGCUAUAUUCUUCACUCAGUUCUAGGGGAGGAUGUAUGCCUUGUCAUGGCCCUGUGCAUAACAGGCCCCUCUGUUUCAUCCAUGAUCACCAGCCCGCUCUCUGUCAACUCCAUCCUCCCCAAACACUCACAACACCACUCACAUACAGACCUGUCACAGCGUUAGAGUGCACCCUUUGGUUACUUCUCCUCAUUGUGUACUUCAGUUAAUUUAUUUAGAAAUAUACCGUAGAGAUGAUUCAUUCCAAAGAACACGGUGCUGUAUCUCUUUAUAUACUCUGUCAGCAUCCAAAUGGGUCUGAAAAGACCCUGAAAGACGACAGUCUUUUUCUUACUUUCAUAUUGAGCAUUGAGUUAGUUGUCGUGGGUGUUUCUCAAGGCAGUGGAGCACAAGUUGCCAUCUGACCAACUCCGGCUAAGUGGUAACUUGGUGGUAACCCCCACACUCCACGAUCCUUCAGCCUCACUCAGGCAGUCACCUCUGAGCUCCCUGUGAGGUGAAGCUUUGGAGAGCUGCGUACUUCUGACAGUCACUCUAAUCACAUUUCAACAGAGCUCUGUCCGUAAGCGUCUCCUUUUCUGUGCGAGAGUGAUCUCUCUGUGUCUCCCAGCGCCCAGGCUACGGGCAGACUUCAAUUGAAGUGAGAACUGUCAUAUUUCAAUGCCACCUCUCCCAUCUACAAUGUCUGACAGAGUUCACUGAGCGCGUACUUGUGUGUGCACAUGCACGCACGCACGCACGCACGCACGCACGCACGCACGCACGCACGCACACGCACACACACACACACACACACACACACAUUCUUCUCUUAUACACACAUUCUCAGACAGGGUGUGUGGAUAUUGUCUGAUAUUCCCAGUGGGGUUAUUUCAGGGGGAUUAGGGCAUCAGGUGGGUUUAGAUCUGUGUGAUUGUGCAGGGGCCCAGGCACACGCCUCAUUUGUUGCUGUCAGGUGAAGUUGCCCAUUUUUUCCUGUAAUUUCAAGAUGGCAGGUUCCAUCGCCCCAUUUGUCACUGGCAAAGAUUUCUCGGAUUAUCGUCUCAAAGGAACUGACAGCUUCUCCCCCGCCUUUAUGCCGCCAUCACAUCGACUGAAUCAGAAGCCAGCACAGACCCCCCCCCUCCCCCUCAACACCCCUCUAGCCUUUCACCCCCGCCUUCCCUAGUACCCGCCAAAUCCAGACCUGAGCCCUGACUCCUGAACCUUCACAACUUUGUAGCGGUUGACUCGCAGCAUUAACCCCCCUGUCUGAAACGCUACCCGGUUUUGUGGAGUGACACCUAUGCUUCACUGCCCUCAUAGGGGGAUCCAGUGGUAUUAGAGUGUCUCGCUGCAUUGAGCACAGAAAGACAGGGCUAUGAGAGAGCAGCGGAAACCAUAGAGCCACCCCAUGUAGUGGUAGUCAGUCAGGACUGGCAGAUUGGAGUGGAUCCAAGAGGCGAUCUGUCCACAUGGAGUGUACACCUCUAUAAAGCCCAUACACUCUGUUUCUCAUGGUUGUCAUAGCGAGAUGACAUGAGGUAAUAAGGUUAAUGUGUGUAUGUGACUUGGUUUGUGAUUUAUGGCGUGGUCUCAAUUCAAUUGGUUCUAUGGCCAUGGUUACAAAACCCAAUAGGAGCAUUGUUACAUGACACAUUUGUGGCCUUGCCUGUGUAUGACUUUGGAUUACGAGCAUACUCUAUGAUAUCACAAUGAACAUCUGAGCACAAGGUUGAAACAAUCAUUUCUUCAAAGGGCAAUUAACCAAGCCAUUGCCUAUAGUAGAUUUACAAACUCAAGGCUGAAUGUGCAUUGAUAUCCUGAACAGCGACUAUGCAAUAGAGUGUCCUAACAGCAUCAACAACUACUGUAACUUGAAGGAGACACUAAGUGGCUCUGGAUAAGAGCUUCUGCUAAAUGACACAACAAAACAAAUGAUGUAAAUGUAAUGUUAUUAACCUAGUUUAAUUAUCUGGAUUUGUAGUGAAUCCUUCUCUAGAUCAGUUAUAUUUGAUUUCUAACAGACAUUUGAUAUCAACAUGAAAGCCAGAUGUGUCUAUGCCUUCGUUCUGUUUGUGUCCACCCACUGCACGUUCCUCGGAGUACUGUCAUUUUCUUUCCACUCCAAUCCCAUUCAAGCUCAUCGAUUAAAAUGGUUAUUUAUUGUA